CUCGUUUUCCCAAAAACCCGCUGCCAUCAGACUUCUAAAGGUCGGUCGCUUUAGGUCUAAGUAACUGCUUUCUAACUUGUUGCUGCUACUCCGCUUGAUUCCCAAUAGAAUCUUCUGCUUUUUCUAGUACACGUGCACAAGUGCACCACGUAUAUGAUACACAUAUAGAUAAUAUUAUGUCUAUGGAUUAAUUGUAAUUGCCUGUACCAACUGAAGGACUGGUCUGAAACGUCCGCACGUGUAUAUGUAUCAGACAGUACGAAGAUCCUCAAAGAUAUUUUUACAAAACAACUUUAGGGCUUAAUGUCUGCUGUAGUUACUAACUUUUCUCCGGUCUCCAACAAAUUUACUGUUGCUCUAUGUGUACUGAAUCAGUGGGCGCUUGACUUUAGUGGAAAUACUAGACGUGUAAUCGAAAGUAUUAAAACUGCUAAACGCUUGGGGGCUAAGUAUAGAGUUGGCCCAGAACUAGAGGUCUCAAGUUACGGAUGUGAAGAUCAUUUUCAUGAAUUGGAUACCUAUACUCAUUCAUGGCAAUGCAUUGCAAAAAUAUUGAGUGAAACAAAUGAAAAUGUUGAAAUGCAAGAUAUUGUUUGUGAUAUUGGAAUGCCAGUUUUACUGAGAGGUGUGGCUUAUAACUGCAGAAUUCUUUUGUUAAAUGGGACUAUUCUAUUGAUACGACCGAAAUUAGUCCUCGCAGAUGAAGGUUUGCACAGAGAGUCUCGUUGGUUUACGCCUUGGCCUCAUCACCAGAGAAUCAUUGACUUUGAGUUGCCCGAAAUAGUCCAGAAAGUAACCAAGAAUUCUCAGUCAGUAGCAGCUUUUGGUGAUGCUAUUUUACGAUUUUCUGGAAAUGGCUAUUCUGAAUGUGUACAGAUAGGCUUGGAAACAUGUGAAGAGCUUUGGACGGGAACACCACCUCAUAUUGAUAUGUAUGCGGCUGGUGUGGAUGCUGUGCUCAAUUCCAGUGCCAGUCACCAUGAACUGAGAAAACUAAGUAGAAGAAUAGAACUAGUGAAAUCUGCCAGCACAACGAAUGGUGGUGGAUUCUAUGCGUAUACAAAUCUUAGAGGAUGCGAUUCUGGGAGAGCUUGUUACGACGGUUGUGCAUUAGCCGCAGUUUCCGGUCAGCUAAUUUGUCUGAGCCCACAGUUUGGAUUUGGGGAUGUCUCUGUUGAAACUGUCACUGUUUGUCUGAAUUCACUGAGAUCAAAGCGAAUUGCCAGUCGUUGUUUUGGGCGUGCGGCUGCAGCUAGUGCAGCUGCGAAAUCCGAUGCAUUUGGCAUUACACACAGUUGUUAUCCAGUUGUUAAGGUUGAUUUCAAUCUUUGCCAUAUUGACCAUUGGCCUGAUCAGUCCUUACAGCCUCACGUUGAUACUCAUAUUCCCUCACCUCCAGAAGAGAUUUCUUAUGGUCCUGCAUUAUGGUUAUGGGACAAUUUACGCCGAAGCAAGUCUUCAGGAUUUUUUCUUUGCCUGAGUGGAGGUUUGGACAGUGCAGCAGUUGCGUGUAUUGUGUUCAGUCUUUGUAAUCAAAUUUUUCAAGCUAUAAGACAAGGUAAUAUGUCCGUUACGCACGAUUUACGAACUCUGUUGAAUGAGUCGGAUAAAUAUAUCCCUGAUAGUGGUCGUCAAUUAUGUUCUCGUCUACUAACAACUUGUUUUAUGUCAAGUGAGAACAGUUCUGCGCUUACAAGAUCACGUGCUAAUCGCUUAGCUAAACUUUUAGGUUCAAAUCAUUUAGAAUCCGAUAUUACACCACUGGUAAAAGAAUUUGUCCAUAUGGCUUCCAAGACUUUGAAUCUUGCUCAACCACCUCGUUUCACUGUUCAUGGCGGUUCAAGUAAAGAGAGUUUAGCUCUUCAAAAUAUACAAGCUAGAAGUCGUAUGGUUUCAGCAUAUUUACUGGCUCAGUUAAUACCAUGGAAAUGGAAUUUGCCGUCAGGUCUGUUAGUUUUAAGUAGUGCAAAUCUAGAUGAAGGACUAAGAGGUUAUUUAACAAAGUAUGACUGUUCUAGUGCAGACUUAAAUCCUAUUGGAAGUAUCAGUAAGUCAGAUUUACGAUUGUUUAUUGCUUACUGUGCUCAAACGUUCCCAAGUUAUAUGGAUUCUGGAAGUGGAGUUGAACUUUCGGAAGUAUUGUUAGAAAUCUUAUCUGCUCACCCAACAGCUGAACUAAUGCCACUUCAAUCUAACGGUGAAAUUAGUCAGACAGAUGAAUGUGAAAUGGGAUUGACCUAUGACGAAUUAUCAUUAUUUGGUAGACUUAGAAAAAUAUCCAACUGCGGACCUUACAGUAUGUUAGAAUCAUUAUUGGACGGUAGUUGGUUACUGAUUAAGAAGGUUAUGCCUGAUAGUUGUUUUCAAAAAGAUGGGAAACCUGGUGCUGAACUUGCUCAAUAUCUUAGCGAAAAAGUGAAAUUAUUUUUUCGUUUUUAUGCUAUCAAUCGUCAUAAGGCUACUGUUUUACCACCAGCUUACCAUACUGAGGCUUAUAGUGCUGAUGAUAACCGGUUUGAUUUCCGUCCGUAUUUAUAUCCUAAUGACUGGAAUUGGCAAUUUACUUGUCUAGAUUUACUGGUAAAGAAAUGGAUAGAACAAUUCAAGUGACUCUAUUCGGAUCGUUUUAUUUAACGACCUGUUUACUGGAACAUUUUUCUGAUCCUAGUCAACCUAUAUCAUUUAGAAUUAUUUACAUAUUUUUCUACAAUCACUGCAGAAUUAUUCUUUAGUGUGAUACUUCCAUAAGUUUUCUUAUGUGACAGUGUAAUUUCUCUGAACAUUCUGUAUCAUAACUUUAUUAAACCUC